AUGGCAAAGCCAACUUACGAAGGACUCAAAGAGCAACUAAAAGCCGCGAACGAAAAGACAGAUGUUGUCUCCGAAGAGCUGGCAACUGCCAAGGGACACCUCAAGAAUGUGCUCCAGGUGCUCAAAGCUCGCGAAAUGCUCCUCAUUCUACCAAUGUCUACUGUGCUAUUCAUUCUCAAGGAUACUGGAGAGCCAGCCAAGAUCUUCCAGCGCCAGAUGGAAGAUAGCCUACGAUACGAGUUCGCAUGGCCAUUCCAGGCCGUCGAAGAUUAUGAUACCAAGAUAAAAACUCCCCACAGGUACAGCGAUACGCGACCCGAAGGCGAGCUCUACAUCAAGGACCGCGAGCGAUACCUCGAUCACCUCGCCAUCUUGGCCGAACUACCGGCCGGAGCACGCCAUGCUGUUGAAAAGACGACUAUGUGCGCGCAUAGCGAUUUUGAAUGUUAUUCAUUUGCUCGAACCCACGAUGACCUUCACAAACUCGACUACUUCGCGUUAAAAGUGACCUGGACCGAAGUCCGUCUGGGCCGCGGCUUGGAAUGGGAAGCGUACGGCCAGCUUGAAUCGUACAUCACUUUGAUUCAAUCGUUUCAGAGAAAAAUGGCUGAAUAUAGCAUAGAACAUCUGAUGAACCUUGUGCAGGGAAAGUACGGGCAGUCAUAUCGAUUUUCGCCUGAACGAUGGGAGGAGGUGAAGGAUCUGAUGCAUCAGACUGAUCACGAAGCGUUCGUGAAGGAAAGAUGGUUUCCAUCAACCUUGAGAUAUCUGCGUGAGGUCGAGCGACAGCGAGUAUGCGAUUUUCUCCUGGAGCGCAUUGCAGGCCAUGUGUUGCCAGUGGAACUCCAAAACGCGAUAUCUGCGUUCUUUUAUGACGCAGACUUCGUUCUACGGGCGCCGAUUGUCGCAAGAAGAGCGACAAUAGACAGGGUAGAGCAAGCCAAGUGA